ACCACCACCUCUCACCACCUCUCCAAUCCCCGCGGCCCGAGUCGGACAACCCCCCUCGCAUCUCCCCUCCGCACGCCAAUCCUCCUCUUCAUCCGACUGAAGAAGCGAGGCCCCUUUUCUCCCACCGCCAACCGCCAAUCCCUUGCCUCCCGCCCGCCCGACGAGCAAUAAAAAUUACCAUGCUCUCCUCCACGCGUUCGGCCGCCGCCAUGGCCCUGCGAGCUAAGCCCGCUACCGCCAUCAUCCCCUUCCGCUCCGUCGCCGCCUUCUCCAACAGCACCCGCCGAGACGCCACCUCUGUCGCCCAGCACGGCAGCGUUUCCGGCCUGACCAAGCCUCGCAAGGAGGUUCCUCUUCUCAGCGAGGAAGGCAACAAGGGCGUUGUCCAAUAUGCGCUUACCACGCUCGACAUCAUCGCCAACUGGGCCCGUCAGUCCUCUCUGUGGCCCAUGACAUUCGGUCUCGCCUGCUGCGCCGUCGAAAUGAUGCACCUUUCCACCCCCCGUUACGAUCAAGAUCGCCUCGGUAUUAUUUUCCGUGCCUCCCCUCGCCAGUCCGACGUGAUGAUUGUCGCCGGUACCCUGACCAACAAGAUGGCCCCGGCUCUUCGCCAGGUCUACGAUCAGAUGCCCGAGCCCCGAUGGGUCGUCUCCAUGGGCAGCUGCGCCAACGGUGGCGGCUACUACCACUACAGCUACAGCGUUGUCCGUGGCUGUGACCGUAUCGUCCCCGUCGACAUCUACGUCCCCGGCUGCCCUCCUACCUCCGAGGCCCUCAUGUACGGCAUCUUCCAGCUCCAGCGCAAGAUGCGCAACACCAAGAUCUCCCGCAUGUGGUACAGAAGAUAAACGUUGAUGUUGUUUGUGUUUGGGAGAUAAUUGGUUGAGCUGCAAAAGAAGAAACCCGCAGCCCUGAGGGCACACCUCUGCGAAAAAAAGCAUGUGGAUAGUAUUUUAUACAUCGUGGAGAGCCCGUCGGGGAGGAGCCUGGCUUGGCUAGGAAUGGCGGAGGUCGGAGUAGAUUUUCCCCUGUUUUUUACACUUUUUAUUUUUCCUUUGUCAUCACUCGCAGCCAUUGCUUUCUUGCUGGCCUGCCGGAUAGAUAUUCCCGCAAUUGGUCAGAAAACAAAUACAAUUGUAUAACAAGACUCCUCUAUUGUAUCUUUAAUUGCUGUGUCCAUGUCAGUGAAACAGGUUGUACAUGUGCAGCGCGCAGUAUACAUGUUGGUAGAAGUCACCUUGGAUAAACAGGUUUACGUGUGUAGAGUGUAGAAUGCAUAUAUCAUAAAGACUACUAAUACCGCUAAAAACACCGUUCAAUUUUGUAAUUAUCCUCCUCUUACUGUAUCAAAGCCACAUUCAUAUACCGACUAGGACAGUAUAGCAUGCCCAUUGGCGCGUAGGCGUGCCGAGUUCUAUAAACUUGUGCCCAUUGCAACAGAAUUGGGCGGGGAUGGUCUUCGAUGAUGUUUUAGAAUGCCCGCAUCAACCACUUCGAUAACAAUAUAGUUCCGCUGGCGCCGAAUGAUAGACGAAACAAGAAAAAAAUCAAAAACAGGCAGGCGCACGACUGUAGAUGUGGCCCAUGUGACAAAUCAAUGGCUGCAGUAUAUCAAAACACAAAGUCCGUGUGUACCCAAUGCAGAGAGUAGAAGGUGUGGCUGGGAGGAAAGUUCAUUGGUGUAUGCCUUGCACGAUCCAAUGAAAUCCAAUGCAUAACUUCCGAGUUCCUACAUACAAAGCAUCCAAUGCUUACUCUUGACCGAAACCCAUAGUCUCUUCAACAGCAAUGGUAAGCUUCUGUUGAAGCGUUUCAAGAUCCUUGUAAGGAGGCAGGUCGAUACGGUUGAAACUAGAAGGGGUUAGCAAAUUGAUAUACAUGAAAGUGCACAUUUAAAAAGAAAAUACGUACCAUGUAUGAGCCUUGGGCAAGUUGUUGAGCUCGCCGGCCUUUUCAAUGGUGAAUCGUCGAGGACCGUCACUGCCCUGGAGAUCCUUGAAACCGUUGACAGGAAUACGUGAAGUACCGGUGGUGAACUGUAGCAGACGAGACUUCUGCUCACCGUCCCAUGAUCGGACAGUCUUCCAGAAGUUCUGGACAACUUCAUCGGAUUCUGUGUAUCCACGGUAGUCGGUGUGCUUCUUCCAGUCGUCAACAUCAAUCUCAGCAAUACCACCAAUGAGCAACUCAAGCUCACGCUCGUCAAACACAUUGAUAAGGUCCUGAGGAAUGAGCUCUUGGAAGCCCUCCUUAAAUGCUUGGAACUGCUCCGCAAUGCGCUUCUCGAUACGCCACUUAACCAUCAAAUCAACAUACUCCUUCUUGUUCUCGUUGGUGACUUCGAUAUCGCGACCACCAGGAAUAAGGUCUUCUGUGGUCAUGACGCCGAAGCGUUCGUCUUCGGUAGAGAAGGUCUGCUCAAGAAUACCACCAGAGAUGUCGUUGUCAAGCAUCCACUGGAGAGAACGGUGGAAAUCAGCGUCGACACCCUCCAUGUCAGCCAGCGCAACAGCCUUGCCCAAUACCAUCUUGUACAGAGCUCCAAUGAAGAAGGCAUCGAGGAAACGACGGUGGAAGAUGGCAAGACCAACGACUCGGCCAAUAAACUUGAAGUAGUUGAGAUGCUCGGGGUUGAUACCAGAGUGGGGGUUGAUUUGUAGGGUAUAGUUGUCGUGGGCUGAGUAUUCGAAAAGACAGUAGAAGGGGUUGAACAUUUCAUGAGAAAGAAGGAAGAAGAAUUCUCUUGAAACACCACCGUAAUCCAGACCAUCUUCGCCAUCAAACUUGAUCAUAAGACGCUUCUUCAGGUCCAUUGGCGACUGGCGAGUGAUUUCGGCAAAGGAGUCCUCAAACAAAUGCGAUCUUCUGACCUUGAUAUGGCACUGACCAUUGAGCGGGCGCAUCGCAGGUUGGGAUCGGAAGUAAAUGAGCUUUCUGCGGAAAUCACGCUUGUACUGGGGAACGUUCUGGUCAAGAGACGAUGGCAGACGAGGAUCAUCCCAUGUAGUGGUCUUAGUGUUAUGGUCAACGAAGUAGACGCGGGCAGUGUUGGUAAGACGCAUCUCCCAACCACUAGGAAGAGGACCGAGCUGUGAAACGGGCUGCUGUUGGAUCUGGCCAUUGGCGUUGUUUUGACCGUACAUGCGAAUGUACUGCUGACGUCUGGGAUCUACCCAUGUAGUCGUGCGUGUGUUGUGGUCCACAAAGUAUGGGCGACCUUCCGGAGUCCAGCGCUGUUCCCAACCAGGAGGAAGCUCGCCAGUACCAGGGCUGGUGGCACCAGUGUGCAUAACAGCUCCCACAUUGCCAGCGGCAGCAGAGGUACCUGCAGCCCCAAUUGGUGGUGCAGGAGCCUGGGGUGCUUGCUGAGUGGGUGAACUGGAGCCUGUGCGGUCCUCUGGUAGGGUUCUGUUUUGAUGUCUGUGACGUUCAACUUGGGUGGUAGCCUCUCGCUCGUUUCUAGACUCCGACAGACCGCUUGCUGUCGGUCUGUUCCAGCUGGUAGAUCGAGUGUUGUGGUCAACGUAGUAUGUUCGUCCGAGAUUGUCCUCACGGCGCUCCCAGCCUGCUGGCAGACGGCCUUGUGCAUCCUCGAAAGGACUAAGCUGACUGGUUGGUCUUGAGGAGCCUGUUGCGUUGGGGCUGACGGGUUGGUUUGGAGGAGCGCCAUUGGGAGGGCCGGUGCUUGGAAUGGCGGACAGUGCGGAUCCGUUCGAGCCAGACAUGGCAGAUGAGGGGCGGUUCUCACCAUUGGGGGCAGAGAGUGUUGAGCCAGACGGGCCGGCAGCAGGUCGACUCGAGGAUGUUUGGCCGCCACGGGCAGGCGUAGAAAGGUUACAUGAGAGGUUGAUAAUUAGUUUACCAUGAACGAUGAGGUUGUCGGUCGAUUUCUUGAGAUCUCGCGUGAUCAUUUGGUCUAAGGAUAUGUUUGUCAGCAACUCUGCCUAUCAGAUUCAACGGUGCCGUCGAUCACUUACCGUCAGCGUCAGGGCCUAGAUCAGGCAAGACAUCUCCGAUGCGAAUAUUAAUAACGCCAAGGAAACCCUGGUCCUUCUUCUUGAAUUUCUUUUGAUCGAAAACCUGGACGGCAAGGAUGCUUGCUUCGUUGGCACGGCUAAAGAAAGAAAAAUUGUUAGCCUUCGUCAUUAUCGGAUGAUGCAUGAAGCCGCCCCUCCCACGUGCGCAAAAAUUCACUUACAAAUCGAAGCUCUCAUUCCAGUAAGGGUUCAAGUUUCUCUUGCUAACGGUCGUAGUUUUCGUCUGUUCGCCAUUGAUGGUUGCGACGGCAAAGGGGUCGGGGAAUCCUAUUGACAAUUGCGUUAGCGGGGUCCAGUGACGAUAUCUGGCUCCAACGUACGGAAAACAUCUCGCUUGUAUAGACCGUCGGCGGCGAUGACUGCGUUAGUUAGUACAUGGGAUUUUCGACAGGAUAUAUUAAAGAAAAAACGAACUCGUGACACGCAGAUUCGGCUUGCUGUACGGGGACAUGGUUAGCUUUGGCCACCGCGAGACACCAAGGUGCUUUGGCUAGAUUGUGAAGGCGGGACUCACCCAGGAAGCCCUGAGGCUGUUCCGUUACUCAUAAUGAUGUCUGUAUCGUUGCCGGCGCCGAGCGGGCUCUAGCAAUGAAAGGGAGAAGCGGCCGAGGUGAUGCUUUAUCGACGGCAGUGUCUGAACAGACAAGCCCAAAGCCUUGGAGGUUCCAAAAAAAAGAGUAUCCGGGCGCUGAUGGUGGCAAAAGGCGCGAUGCGAGGGACACUGAUGCAAAAGGCGGAAAGCACGUAUGAAUAGGCCAGCAGAGCGAACCGAUGACUAAAGACGCUGCUGAGCCCUUGGAUACCAAAAGAAAAAAUAUAUCAAACGUCCUUUGCCAGUCGAGGUGCUAGCGAUGUGUGCAGGUUCAAAGGAAGAAAGAGCCAGAUGAUGUGAGGCUGUGCACGCCCUUUGCAGAGAGCGGGAUGCUUGGACGGAACAGGUUCGCCUCCCCGCUUCAGCAGCUGCUUGGGCCAAAAAGCUGGGCUGGCGCGAGAGGCUUUGCGCUAAAGAGGGGAUUAACUGGGGAGGACACGUGACGGCGCUGCAGAAGGUCAACGGCCUGAGCGAAAGCCAGGCUUGGAAAAUUGGUUCGAUGACUGAGCACCGCCAGGAAUUCGUUUAUUUGUGUUGCUCUUUUUUAUUGAAAAAAAAAAGAAAAAGAAAAAAAGAGAAGAACCAUUGUCUACUUUCACACUUAAUAGCCACCUCAAAAUGCAUAGUCCUUUGAUGGCUGCGGCCUCACGCUGACGGCACUUGAAACCAACGCGCAGCUCCGUCGUCGUUUACACCACCACCACCAACCACCAAAAAUAACACACACACGCAAUGCACUACGUAUGCAAACCCGCCUGUCACCACCCAAUCUUACAGCGCUAGCUCCAAUGCGCACCCACACACAAGCAGGGCACCACCAGGCGCAGCCCUUUGCGCCAUGGCGUGUUGAGCUUUACUGCUGAAGCCCCCCGGACACUCGGCAAGCCACUGCCACCAGAAGGUCCCAAUUGUUUUUCCCAAGUACAAAUAGUGUGCUGCGGCGGUCGCGGCGUCGUAUUGAUACUGUAUCUAUUGCUGCGCUGCUAAGCCAGCCUCCAAUCCCGUACGUUGCUUGUUAUCAAGUCCGGCGCCGGAAUUAGCUUCCAUGGCGCAGCGACGCGCCGCGGGCUGCCUCUGAACCGGUGUAUGCUACGUCGACAACGAAUUUCCCUUUUUUCUUCCAAAAGUCCCGACGGAUCUAAUUUCCCAUUUACCCAAAUGUACUUUGUAAUAUAGCCUCUUACUGAGAGGCUGACCCAGUGCUUGGCAGUAUUGGCCGCUCUAUGACGCCAUCCAAACUGCCGGCAAACGCCCCCAAUACAAAAAGUUAUCUGACCAUCUGUGGGAAUCCCAGAUCGGACAGAUUUAUCCCGUACUUACCACUCAACCAAAUACUUUAUCAGUGGCAGACAAGAUACAUUCGAAUUUUAGGUGUAUUUUUUAAAGUUGGCUACCAAAACGGUUUGUCUUCCGUAACUCCAUAUUCCGUAUAAUUCCAUCGCAGUGCCCCUCGUCGAGGUUAGACACAAACAAACAAAAAAGCACAAAAAGCACAAAGUACAUCAGCCUGUCCCGUCUGUAUCAGGCUACCACAAUCUUCCUCUUUAAGCAUAUGUGUUCAAACAUAACUGCCAAACAGCCCAAGUUUCAAAUACUUGCAUGUAGCGUUCAGGAGACAGACCCCGUCCACACUCUCGUCUUACUUAAAGUCAAGCAUCACCGACAUAGCACUAGCAGUGGCAGGACUGCCAGAAUAGGCAUUUCCCUGCUCCUAGUAAGGGGUGAAACCUCGGCCACGGCCACGGCCGCCGCCCCUGUAUCCUCCACGAAAGCCGCCGCCGCCUCGGCCGCCAAAUCCACGACCACCUCGGAAGCCACCACGGCCACGACCGCGGCUCAUGCCGGGGACGUUGGUUCUCUUUGGUGUCACUUUGAUGUUGCGGCCCUUGAAGACGCUUUCGUUCAGGACAAGAGCCUGGGCGACGAGGCUGGGUUCGGUGAAUUCGACGUAGGCAUAGCUGCGAGAUCCUGUUAGUAAAAGCACGGCGUUUGCAAGUUAAGAGAUAUCAAGCAUACCCUUUAGGCUGGCCGCUGAACUUGUCAAGAAGAAUCGUGACUCGGUUGAUAGAGCCGCAGCUUUGGAAGUGCGCUUGAAUCUCUUCGGGCGACGCAGAAUAGUCGACAUUGCCAACAAAGAUGCUGCGUGAGUCGAUAGACUCCUUGUCAUCAGCUAAGCUGGCAGUCUGCUGGUCCAGACUGGCCUGCAUCUCGCGAAGCUUCUUGGCCUCCUCUUCCAUCUCUGCAACGCGGCGCUUCAUGGCCGAAAUCUCCUCCUAGUGAGCGAACCCAGGUUAGCUUUCCGUAGCUCGUCUAUAGAGAGUGUUUCGUCGCAAACAAAGUCUCACCUCAUCAGCUCCAUCGACAUCAUUUCCCUCCUCAUUCUCCGUGACGACCGGCUCCGUGGGCUUCUCCGAAUCCGACAUCGUGAAAUCAGGUCGCAAAUCAAAGUGCCUAUCAAACAAAUGGUUAGCCAACUUCGCACUGCGCUUCAGCCUGUAAAUGAUGCGCAAGUAGUAUAAUUAGAAAGAAUAAACCAGCUGCUAGCAUAUAAUGACAAUUCCGGUCAAGUUCUGUACACGUACCGGCAAAUUUGGCGCUUUCUUUGACUGUUCACGAAGCUUACAAG